AUGCCUUAUCAGGCUGCGUCUAGCAGGCAGCUUUUGGUGCUGACGCGGCCUGCUGAUAUCGACGUGACGGGCGCAAACGCCGCUUUUCGCUGCCUAUUUCCUGAUGGCGAUGGGAGCGGUGUCAGAGGUGAAAUGGUGGUGGUGGUGGUGGUGGUUGCGGUGGAAGGGAGGAGAGAGAUGAUGGGAGAGCGUGGCCUGGGCGUUGCGAGUGCGGCUGUGCAGGUACCCACCCGAAUCGGGGAGGCAGGUGGGUACCUGCAAAAUAGCAUGGAGGUACGCCAUGCCAAACUCGCCAAACGAGCCCGGCGCCAAUCACAGCAAGCUGCCACCGGGCCCGCUUUGCCGACCUCCGUUCUGCCAAUUUUGGCUCCCGUCGUUCUCUGCUCGGCGUCUGCCAACUUUUCGGCUGCCUCAUGCAUCGAACAUAACGCCGUGUCAUUCUACAGUAUCACUGACAAUGGCAUCGCAUUCACCGUGCGCCUGCUCUGCUCUGUUGCGCUCACAUCUUCUCGCAGCAAAACCGCCCUUCUCCGAGUUCUGUCCGGCGUCAGAACCAUCUUCAUCUCCUCUCGAAGUCAUUACGAGACUCCAGUCGAGGGGAACAAUGCAGUGAAUGCACCAAGAUCGCGCUACAAAGGGUCCAAGAGCCACCGUGUGUGGCGCCAACGUCCGACUCUUGCGGUCUCUGUGGCUGUCCACCUCUGCCGGCCAAACAUGAAACGCCUACAUACGUACGCACGCUACAAGCACGCUCCAAGGAGAAUACAUGUCAUGGCUGACAGGGAACAGUCUCAGACCGCAGCAGACGCCAAUCUGAGUCCUCCAACCACAUACAAACACCAUGCCGCACCCGCUUACUCCGCUCGGCUUUUAAGAUUGCCAUCAUCAUCAAGGCUGAUUAGGGAAGAUUCUUCCUUGACUCUGCACGUGCACUCCUCGUCCGUGGGGCGGACCUGCUUCCAGAUGGUCUUCCCGUUCGUGCUGCGCCGGGCAGGCUGCCGCAAGGCUCUCGUACUUCGCACUGCUUUAGAAGGAGCCUCGUCUGAUGAUGAGUGCUCUGUCACUUCGUCAGAGUCGUCCUCGGGCAGCAUAGCUUCCUUGUACAACUUCCAUCCCUCCCGCGACGAUUUGUUGCCAGUCCUUCAAGUGUUACUGACCUAUGCUCAGCUGCUUGGCCGGCGUUCGGGGUACACCAUGAGCCAUUUCUCCCUCUACCCCAUCUUUUGGCAACUCAACCAGUUGCUUGACGGUGUCGUUGACACCCUCCAGCCGCGGUGCUAUGAUGCAUUGCAGCAUCCCUCUCGUAUCGGCCCUGCUCGCCGCAGACCACGCGCAGAGACCGACGAUGGAAAAGAGAACGUCCCAACCAAGAGCGUCGAUCCACGGGUGAUCACCAAGGCUGCCGAGUAUGUAGAACACAGUGUUCUUCAGACUGUUGUGCUCGUGCCUCCAAGGCGAGAAGUAUUGUUCGCCUCGACGAACGCUCUGUAUAAUAAAUGCAGCACUAUUGAGCGAAAGAAACGAAAUCUUGAAUGUUGUGUAACAUUCGUCUCGAACCAACUUGUCAUCCUCUCUACCAACGCCACGCUAAAUCAUUAA